AUGAGCUGGAUUACUCAAAUGCUGGAAAACUGGAUUAGUGUUACUUAUUUGGAAGAAUACCUGAAGUCUGUGGUUCACCCUCUGUGGUUAUUUAUGAUUCCCAUUUUGCUUUAUUCUUUCUGGUUAUUUAUAUAUAUAUUUUGCUGUGCUGUCUCAUUUCUGUUAUAUAUCUACAAGAAGAUGAAUAACCAGCAAGAAAAUGAUUUUUAUAGCAAAUUUUGGGACAAGACAAGGCACAUUAUGUAUCGCUGUUUCGAUAUAUAUGGAAAGAUAUGGCAUGGUUAUGAAGUUAUUGGCUUGGAACAUCUCCCUAAAGGGCCUGGGAUUGUUAUUUUUCAUCACUCAAUUUGGCUUCGCGGCUAUUGCUUCUUUGUGUGCAAAGCUUAUGAAGAGAAAGGGAGACUGUGCCAUUCAGUAAUUGAUCACUUCUUGUAUAAACUUCCAGGGCCAAAGAUGUUUUGUGAUGUGCUCUUCUUGAGAGAUUUCAAGAAAUCUGAAUGUGUGGAAAUUCUGAAGAAAGGCCAUUUACUGGGCGUUGCACCUGGUGGAGGUAGAGAAGCAAACUUUAGUAAUGACUACAGCUUAAUAUGGGGUAACCACACAGGUUUCGCUCAGCUAGCUUUGGAGGCAAAAGUGCCCAUCAUCCCUAUAUUUACUCAAAAUGAUUCUGAAGCAUUCAGGACCUUUGGAAAGAUAAGGUUGGCAAGAUGGGUAUAUGAGAAAACUCGAUGUUUACUCCUUCCUGUAUAUGGAGGGUUUCCAGUGAAAUUGAGGACAUAUAUUGGAGAACCCAUCCCAUAUGAUCCAAAUAUAACUGCCACAGAGCUGGCUGAAAAAACCAAGACUGCACUUGAAAAUCUUCGGGAUAGACACCAAAAAAUGCCAGGAAAUAUAUUAAGAGCUCUUUCAGAAAGAUUUGAUAAGGAUGACAAAGCUAACUAG